AUGCUUAAUGGUGUAGCCGAUCUUGUUUUUGCUUUUUCUAACUUGGUCUUGAUGGAAGUAAGUACCUAGUUCUUAAUUUUAAAAUGAAAAAUGAUUCUUUCCCUAUUUUAGUUAUACAGUUAUAAUCUACCAAAAAAAUAAAAAUCGAUCAAAAGGCAAGACAACCAGAACUAUAACUCUAAUUUUUCAGGGCGUUGAAAUCCUAGACAACUCGUUAUUCCUAUUCUCAACAUCAUUUUUCUACCAUUCAACACAAACUGCAACAACAAUCGCUACAGCGAUAUGGCUAACAUCUUUGUAUAUGGCCUUUGCCGUAUUGCCGGUCAAUUACUACUAUCGUUAUCGACAGUUAUCAACGAAUCCUUUGACAAUCUUCCAAUACGUUUGCUUAUAUUUCUUGGCAUUAUUUUACGUUGGAGCUCAUUGCUUCAGUGUGUUUUGGUUUACAUUGCCAAAGAGUGAGGAGUUGGACAAAAUCAUCACUUCGGUAAGGGUUUUUAGCCAUAAUCUGUAAAUUUACAUUACCUUGCAUUUAAAAAGCCGAGUCUUUGCAUAAUAUAACCUAUAUUAAUCCAAUAUUCAACAUCAUUCUUCAGGUCACCUACUACAGCGACCCACCAGCCUAUAUCGUAUCCGUAGCAUCAGAGCCCGGCUGUAUGUAUCAUCUUCUCCAUAGCACCGUACAAGUCGGUGGUUCCUACAUGCUUGUCGCCUACUUUGCAAUGAAGAUACGAGCAGCGAUCGUCGAACAACGUAGUCGUAUGAGUAGUGGCGCCAAACGUACUGACAGUCAGAUCAUGACGGUCAUGUUCGUACAAUGUAUGUGUCCAUUCAUUGUGCUUACGAUUCCAAUUGGAAUCUGUGCUUCUGCUCCAUUAUUUGGAAAAAGUGUACCACUAUUGGGGAUUGUGUUGACAACAGUAAUGGGAUUAAUACCUAUUUGUAACGCGUUGAGUGCCUUAUUGAUUGUGGGUACCUACAGGAGUGCGGUGAAGCGGCUAUUGGGUAUGAGUGGUGUAGAUUCUACGAUUGCAAUUACUUCGAAGGGAGCUGUGAGUCAGAUGAAUGCGGAUGGUAAAACAGUGAUAUAG